CUCUGGAAUUAUCUGGACUAUUGCAUGUAUUAUUUACUUAUUGUGCAAUAUAUUGGGUGAUGUCAGUGAGUUGCAAUUAAUGUGCUUGUGUCUGUAGUUCUAUUGGAUAGCUUGGACGGGUGGCAACCAUGGUGAUUCAAGCAGAUAGAAAAACACGCUGUGCUGCCGAUCUGACAUUCAAUACGAAAUCGUCUCUGAAACUAACUGGUGGUCUGAGGAGUAGUGGUCUUGGUAGUAACUUGUGCAGCUCACUAAGCAAGACUUCAUCGACUAAGAAAGAUGGUGAAUCAAAUUUGUCUAACCUUGGCCUUGGGAAAACAGGAAUGGGUCUCACCUCUGGUUCUUUGCUGUCAGGAAAGAGUCUCCUGGGGACAGCCACUGGGACAUCCUUGAGGAAUACUUCACUGCUUGGUUUCUCUGCAUCAAAAUCCAAGGAACCUGAUGAUCUGAAAUCGUCUUCCCGUUUGACAAGCAGUCCAGGUUUGGGGUUAAGGUCGACAGGACUUGGCCUCAGGUCAGUAGGUUUGGGAGGAUUGACGUCACUGACAUCGUCUGGUCCACUUAAAGGACUGGGGACAACUACUGGCCUCUCAAGGGAACCGACUCUGUUGUCUGGGUUGCCGUUGAAGUCUAAUCUAACAACAUCAAGCCUUGCUUGUCCACUCAGAACAACACUUCUGAAAGAAAGUAGAUCCCAGGGACAGGGUGGUGAUGUCAGAGGAUCUCUUCCUGAAAAGGGUCCUACGCCGAAGAAGGAGAAGAAGAGGAAGGAUGAUGGCAAGAAGAAAAAAGAUGGCAGGAUGACUGUAUCAAAAUUGGACAAACAGGAGACCAAUAAGCAGCUCCAGUCGGACAUCGAACUCCCCACGUAUGACCUUUGCCUUUCUGCUGAGGUGAAGGAUAUUGAAAAGACCUUGUUCGUUCCACCAGAGCAAGAUGCUGCCAUCAUGUUGAGUUCAAAGGUCAAGGAUGAAUUACUUGCUAUGAAGUGUAACUUCAUCAAUGCUGUCAGUGCUUCCCUGAUUGGUGCACCAGAUUUCAAGAAACCAGCAACAUGGGCCUCUCUCCGUAAUAUGGUUGAGACAGUUGCAAGAUAUGACCCAGAGUUCAUUCUUAAGGUGGCUCUUUACACAAGAAAAUGCCUUAAUAUAAGAACUACCGCAAACUUCCUUCUGGCCCUCGCAUCAUUCACCAAAGAGUGCAGGAUCUACAUCAAGAAAUACUUCAGUGCUUCAAUAAAUCUGCCUUCCGAUUGGAUAGAAGUGGCAGAAUAUUACCAGCUCUUUGAUGACUCUUCCAUCAAGUUUGGCUCGCUCCCAGCUGCUCUUCGACGUGCCAUGGUUGCCAAGUUUCCAGAUUUUGACAAAUAUCAGCUUGCAAAAUACAACAAAGAGAAAUCGAAGAAAAAGAAACAGCGACUUGCGAAGGCACAGAACGUUUUGAAGCAAGCUGAAGGUCUCUACCCCAGGGGUGGUGCGACUAUGCGUGGUGUUCGUGGUGGCCGUGGGCGUGGAGGAACCCGGGGUGGCCGUGGAGGAACCCGUGGAGGAACCCGUGGAGGAAGUCGUGGCGGGCGUGGCCGGGGACGUGGAGGUGCAGGGGACAAUGUGGUAGAUGUCGAGUCUGGAUCUGAUUCUGAUGGAGAUGAGGAUGAAAUGAAGAUUAAGACUCUUAAAGAGAAGGAGAGAGAAAAGAAAACAUUCACCCUCAAGCAGUUGAUUAGGAAACUUCACAUUACUGAACCAGUUGAUAACGUCAUGGCAUUGAUCGGCAAAAAGUAUCCAUCAACAUUGGAAGAGUUCUACAAAUGUCGUCUGCCAGGCACUUGGGAGGAAGAGAAGGCAGGGAAGCGCAUGAAACUCCCGACACCUGAGACAUGGGAGACGCAGGUCUCACUCAAGGGCAAUAAGGCUGCUACGUGGGAAGAUCUCCUUGAUAAGAAGAAGCUGCCCUUCAUGGCUAUGUUGAGGAACCUAAGGAACAUGAUUGAUGCUGGCAUAUCGAAGAAACAUCACGGCUGGGUGCUAAAAAAACUCGGCGAUGAGAACGCUGUGUCCAACAGUAAGCAGUUCCCAUUCCGCUUCUUCUCGGCCUAUGAAGUUCUCCGUGGACUUGAGGAAAACUAUGAGAAAAACCAAGCAGAGAUCAUUGAAAUGGCAGAAAGAGAGGCUCAAGGUCUGCCGGCCACUGACAAAAAACGCCGUCCCAAGAGAACGAAGGGUAAAGCCCCAACGUGGCAGGAGAGAAAAGAACAGAAGCAGUUGAAGCAAAAGAAACGAGAGGUGCCAUAUGACUUGGCCUUACUCACUAGGUAUAAGAAAGCGCUGGAUUCGGCUGUCAAGAUUGCGACAGUCCACAACGUGACCCCAAUCAAGGGCACUACAGUCAUCUUCUGCCAUCUUGGACUGAACAUGCCUUGUACGUCUGCUAGGGGUCUUGGAGCACCAAGAACUGUGAGUGAGAUAGCCGUUCUGAUGGGACUGAUGUGCAAGUAUGCAUGUGAGGAGUGUACCAUGAUUGUCUACGGUAAUAAGGAGUCGUACAACUAUCGGACGGUGGAACUCGAGAAGGGUACCAUUCUUGACAACAUGCAGAGUGUUCUGAAGCUGACUGCCCUGGUCUCUGACAGUUCAAAUGAUGUUGCCAACGUUCCUGUUGAGUUCCUUGAGGAUAUGGUCGUUGACAAGAAACAGAUCGAUAACAUGCUAAUCCUGUCGGCCAACACUGGUGAUGAUGGAGUACCACAAUUUCUGAAAAGAUACCGCAACAUGGUCAAUGCUAAUCUGCUAUUUGUAGAUGUGAUGUUGAUACCACCUAAGUUCUGUAGUGGAGUUCUGCCUUCCCAGGGUCAUCCCAAUGACAUCAGCAUUGCAGGAUACAGCGAUCAAAUACUGAGGUUUAUAGCAGAGAGAGGUCAUGGAGGUCAGCUGCUUUAUGUGGAGAAGAUUGACACAGCAUUCAACCUGAAGCCGAUGCCAAACAUUGGGAACCAGACUGUACAGACGAUACUUCCCGCUGUCGAUCCCCAGAAGCUAAUCCCGAUCAAAUCGUUCCAACCAAGGUGGCGCACUCUUCGUGUCUUCAUCUCAUCGACUUUCAAGGACAUGCAUGGUGAGCGUGACCUGCUGACACGGUUUGUCUUCCCAGAGCUGCGAGCCAAGGCCAUGCGCCGAUUCAUCAACAUCUACGAGGUGGACUUGCGAUGGGGGAUCACAGAGGAAGAAACCAAGAGUAACAAAGCCAUGGAACUGUGUCUGUCAGAGAUCAAGAAGUGUCAUUUCUUCCUUGGACUUCUGGGGCACCGAUACGGAUGGAUGCCAGAGAAAUACAACAUCCCUGAUGAUGACGAUUUUGGCUGGAUUCGAGAAUAUCCAAUUGGCGCAUCCCUCACGGAGUUGGAAAUGGAAAUGGCUGCUCUGUGCCCAUGCCCGUGGAUGAGUGCCUCAACCGCGUUUUUCUACCUCAGGGACCAUGAAAAACUGGACAUUCCGAAGGCGUUAACCCGUGAUUUCCAAGAGACAAAUGAAGUGACCGCAGGAAAGGUUAAGGCCUUGAGACAGCGAAUCAGGAACAGUGGCUUUGAAGUCUACGAUGGUUACCCUUGUCACUGGGGUGGAGUUGCUGAGGGGAAACCAGUCGUUGCAGGCCUUGAAGAUUUUGGUGCCAGGGUCCUCAACAAUUUGUGGAAUGCCGUCAUGUACUACUACCCUGAUGAUGGCAACACCAUCGAUGAGACGGAGCACGAGAAUCAGCUGCAGUUGUCAUUUAUGGAUUCCCAUUGCUCCGUGUUUGUCGGUAGGAAGGCCCUGAUCAAGAAAUGUGCCGAGGAGAUUGAUAAUAUCUCUUCUGGUGUUUACGCCCUUCAUGGAAAACCUGGAUGUGGGAAGUCUGCCUUCUUGGCCUGGUUGCUCGGCCCAUACCUUCCAGAUGAUGUCAAACACGUGGCCGAGAAUUCCCUGAAUUUGAUCCACUUUGUUGGUGCCUCUCCAACAUCUGCUCAUGUGGUCCCGAUGCUGAAAAGAUUCUGCGAGCAAAUCAAGAGGCGAUGUGGUCUCGAUGUGGAGAUACCCAAUGACUACAAGAACCUUGUGAUAAAGUUCGAUGAACUCCUAACCGAGGGUGUUCGAUGCUUGAACAGUCCGAUCCUGAUAGCUCUCGAUGGGGUUGAUCUCCUUGAAGAUGUUCACCAGGCAAGGAACAUGGAAUGGAUCCCAAAUCCCCUGCCCAAGAAUGUUCUUGUGGUUGUGACGUGCCUGACAGAUGGGGACUGUCACAAGGCCCUGCUGAGGCGUGAAGGGACUGGGAAGAUGGAAAUCCCUUCGCUGGAGCUGUUAGACAAGCAACACGUUGUCAGGUCACAUCUGUCGAAACAUAGAAAAACACUGGAUGAGUCACCUUUCAACAACCAGAUGAAGUUGCUUGUUUCCAAGAAGGAAGCGAAUGUGCCUCUUUAUCUUACCCUGGCCUGUGAAGAGCUCAGAGUCUUUGGAGUCUUUGAAAAGAUCAGCGAUAAGUUAAAGUCAAUGCCACAUACUGUGUCGCAGCUGCUACAGGUUGUAUUGGAGAGGCUGGAGUCUGACCUUGGUGUUGACCUUGUGACCAUGGCAAUGUCGUUGCUGACAUGUGCAAGGAAUGGUCUUAUGGAGCAUGAGCUGCAUUCACUCCUCAGCUACAGUAAACUCCUCGACAAAAAGAAGAAAUGGGAUGUACGUGAUAUCCUCCUCAUGGACAUGAGGCCAGAGCAAGAGCUACCUUUGGCCACGUUUGCACAACUGUUGAGAGCACUUCAGGGUUUUCUGCGGACUACCAAUACUGACAACGCCAUUCACUUGAUGAUAUCCCAUGCGGACAUCAACCGAGCUGUCCGGCAGAGGUACAUGAAAAGCUUCACUGCGGAACAGGAGGCGAACCUUCACAGGUUAAUGGCCGCAUAUUUCCUAAUCUUGGCCGACCCAGACAAUUGCUAUUCCUUCGACAGCCAGCAUGGGCGCGCCUUUCAAGAAUUCCCCUAUCACUUGACUGCCUGUGGCGACUUCGACACAUUGACGGCAUAUCUCUGCAACCUACAAUUCAUCCAAGCCAAGUGUCAGCUUGGUUUAGCCCACCAACUCUUAGAGGAUUUCCAGGUCCAUGGAGUGUUUAAUAAGAAUAUCGAAAAGGAGCGCCAGAAAUUCCUGUCCAAUCCUGAGGUUGAGGAGUAUCGAUCGUUUGUAGGCAGAAACCUGCACAUUCUACAAAGAUUCCCAGCCUUGACAAUACAGCAGGCCACAAACGAGCCCAUAGAUUCUGUUAUAGCCAGUGAUGCGGAUGAGGAAACAUGUUUUGGAUUCGAAGGGGCCUUGAUGAGAUAUGUCAACCGACCCUCGGUGGUAGACCCGUGUUACCUGACAAUCUCAAACCUUCAGCACAUCGCCACAAGUUUGUCAAUCUCGCAUGAUGGGCACAGUAUGGCGUGUGGCUCAGUAGACGGUGUGGUGAGGCUCUACGACAUGCAGACAGGGCGGGAACUGAAGACCUACACCGGUCAUUCUGAUGCCAUAACUGGUGUCUGCUUCACUGGCAGUGGACAGCUGUGCAGCACAUCUGCAGACAAGAAUGUUAGUCUCUGGGAUGUGGGAGGUGGAUUCAGGACAAGGAUCCUCAAAGGCCAUAAGCGCCAUGUGAGCGCCUGUGCCUCGGAUCCCAAGGGAAAGAUUGUGGCGUCUGCCAGCUGGGAUUGCUCUGUGCGUCUGUGGAAGGUAGAUGAUGGAUCAUUGAUAUCAGGCCAUAUAAAGGAUGACUGCCCAUUCAAUUGCGUUGCCUUCCAUCCUGAGUUAGAGACAGUUGUGACUGGAGGCUGGGAUGCUACUCUGAAGAUCUGGGAUGUCUACUUCAAGGGAGGAAAUCCAAAGAAGGGGAUUCUCCGUGGACACAACACGUCUGUCCGUGACGUACGCUUCUCACCUUCUGGUCGUCAUCUUGCCUCUGCUGCUCUCGAUGGUGAAGUGCGGCUCUGGUCUGCAUCGAAUGGGUCUCCAAUUGCGACGAUCACUGGACACAGUCUGCCCAUUAAUCGCAUCUGCUUCUCUCCGACUGGACAGGAGUUGGUCACUGUCAGUGAUGACAGUACCGUGAAGGUCUGGUCUGGAAAUCUUGGCAAACCUGUCUGUACACUCGGAGAGGAGGAAUUCGGGCCAGUGACGUGUGUAAGCCUGGAUUGUUGGGGAGAGAAAGUCGCUGCUGGGUACCAUAGUGGCCACAUCAGGAUGUUUGACAUUCUCUCAGGUGCAGUGGAUCAGGAGUGGAACACAGUUCACACUGCAAGUGUCAGAUGCAUCAAGUUGAUCAGGGAAGGUACUUGGCAGACAAUCACUACCGGAUCGGAUGACUGCCUUGUCUCCAUGAUUGAUCUAGAGGAGAAUGACAAGAGCAUUGCGAGCCAUAAGCAUAAUACCAAGGGGGUUUGGUCCCUGGACAUCCAGCUCUCUUACCUGGCUACUGGCUCUGAGGACUGCAGCGUCACUUUGUAUCACUACGAUGCAGCAAUGUUCACUUUAGGUAAAUACUUAAGUCAAGUCACUCUACACACUGCUCCAGUAACAGGAUGUUCUUUCAACGAGAACGCAACUCAGUUAGCAACAUGCAGUAGAGACAUGUCUGUGAUUAUCUGGAACAUUGAUGGGAGGAAGCUGCAGCAGGAUAAAGUGCUGAACGCCUGCCAUGCGGAUUGGAUCAACAGUUGCUGCUGGUCGAAUACGGGGAACUAUCUGAUAACCAGCUCAAAUGAUUUCAACCUUAAGAUGUGGGACACGUGGACUGGGAAGGAGAAGACUUUGUUCACUGGUCACCAGGCAUCGGUGAAUGCAGUCAGUUACAGUUACGGCUGCAUUGUAUCAGCGUGUGGAGAUGGCGCUGUGAGGGUUUGGUCGCACAAGGGCACAGAGAUCACCACCCUACAUGGUCACUCCCAGAGGGUCAACUCCUGCGAUGUGUGUGUCAAGGUCAAAGUAGAGCAGAAAGAGGACACUGUGGAGAAAAGUGGUAUGGACUGGGCUUCUAUCGUCAACGAGGAUGAGUGGUCCAAUGAUCAUGAGAAAGCCAAGCUUCAGAAAAAGCAGUUUAAGAUCAAGGAGGUCCUAGCUGUCACAUGCUCUGAUGAUGGAACUGUCCGAGUCUGGAAACCAACCGAGGCCAAUGAGCUCGCCUGCUUGACAGGUCACUCUGACCGUGUCGUUAGCGUCGAUGUUGCCCCUGAUGGUAAAAUCUGUACCAGUUCACUGGACAAGUCUGUCAAGGUGUGGUCGCCAAAGUUAACGCAGCAAAGUUCUCAUGCAGCCCACGAGAUGGAGAUAACGUGUAUGAAAUAUUGCUCACAGACAGGAACUAUUGUGACAGGGAGCAGGGAUGGUGUAAUCAAGGUUUGGUGUGGUUGGGACCAUUCGACACACUUUCCAAAGUGUAUCUUCUCGAAGAAGGCUAGUGAGAAAGCUAUUACUGGGGUUUGCUUCUAUGAAUAUGAAGGAAGCUUUGCAACCUGCUCCUAUGAUGGAGAUAUCAACAUGUGGAAGCACAAAGAGAGACCAGAUGGACUGAUAGAAAUCAAGUUCCUGGACACUAUUAAGGCUGGGCGCCCUCUGUCAUCCAUCUGCUGGAACCAUUUUGCCAGCAAUAGCAAGAAGAAAGUUAAUGCUUUCUUGGUCAGUGACUGUAACGGAAAGAUCUACACUUUCAACACCAAGAGCUGGAAACACUCGGUUAUCGCAGUCAACCAUGAUGUAAUGGUCUUUACAAUGGGAUUUUCCUCCACGCAUGUGGAGGUACUGCUGAGUGCUGGCACAGGCUCUUACAUACCUCGGUGCAGGUUUGACAAGGACAAGUUUUUGGAGUUGGACCCCCUGACUCGUUGCGUCGAUGAAAACGAAGAGCAAGAGAACUGGAUCAGGACGAUGGAGUUCGAGUUUGGCUUGAUCUACCUUGGAGACUCAUUUGGUCACCUGAUCAUCUAUGAUGAUAAGUUGAAGGAGGCACCAGAGCUAAUCAUGAGAAGAAAGAUUCAUGGUGGCGCCAUCACAGGCAUUGUUCUGACUGAGCGCAAUAUUUUCACGGCGUCCUCCGACAAGACGAUCAAGGUCUGGGAUCGAGAAGGAAAGCAGCUUGGUCAGUUCUUCUCAACCUUCCCAGUGACCAGUUUGAUUCAGAGUGUACUUCGUUCCAACAGUGAGGAGGAUUCUAUCAGUUUGCUAUGUGGAGAUCAACUUGGAAACUUGCUCAGUCUGGAGUGGAGCCACCCUGAUCUGAAACAAGAUUAACGUGUUGCAGUUGGUGUAAAUCUAGAGGUUCUGGUGAACCACAUCUUUGUAGAGAGUUUGCUGUAUAUCAAGGUAUUCUAGGUACGAUAAUUUACAAAAACACAAAAUUAUUCACUGCACGAACAUUUAUUCUGGGUCUGGCAUGAUUGGCAGUCUAGGAAACCCCUGAGAUCUGUUCAGCUGGGGUGAUUUUUGGUCAUGGAUCUUGACUGAUACAAUUAUUAAAGAAAGGCAUAAAAUAUCCAGUAUUAUUAGAGAAAUGUGGGAUAAAGAUUGAUAUAUCUUGAUAUUCUGUGGCAUUUUUCACCGAUAUGAGAGUAUUUAUCAUAAAUUAUGGGAAAUUGCAUUAAAAAUGUACUCUUUUUAAGCUAGAAAGCCAAAAAAAUGGUUUAAAAACAACUUUCCUUAAUAAUUUGCCAUUAGUCAGAGUGCUGCCAUCUUUGGCCAUUUCGUGGAACUAAUAAUGUAAACACAGCAGAGUGUGUUUUAUACAGCCUGUACCAAAAAAGUUUUUACAUUUUGUUGAAUUGUGACUUUGUUAGAUAAUAUUUCGAAAUUUUGUUUUUUGUUUAGUGAUAAGAUGACCCAAGAGGACAUUUUGAAACCUUAAAAAAAGAAAUCUAUUUUUUGGCCAAAAAUGGAAAAAAACCGUGGGCUAUUAUAGACUCCGGUUUUGAAAUGCAAUAAUCGAACUUUUUCUCGGAAUGCUUUCAUAUUUCAUUUGUGUUUUAGUAAUGAUAUAACAAAUUAAAAUCACCAAACUUUGGUUGAAUCCGAUGAUUUUUACCCGAGUUAUGGUCGUUUUAGGCGUGGGCGACGCCCAAAAUCAACUUGUUCCGAGCGCAACCAAAUUUGGUUUGCAAGACGGCCUCAUCAUAGGGAUCAUCUCCUGAAAGUUUCGUGUCAAAAGACUCGCCGGUUCAGGAGAUAUUACAAUUCACACUGGUCCCCAGGGCCUAUAUUUGUGUACAUUGUAGUGCAUUGAAAAAAAUCACAUUUCCUGGAUCGAGGUUAAAUUUUGAAAAAAGGGCCUGAAUGAUAGAUUUCUUAAAUAUUUGUGCAAAGAUGGACCCAAAAAUAGAUUUGGCGGUUUUGAAGGAUUACUUUUUGCCACAUAUGCCGGCACAACACCCUUAAUAUAACCCUCCACCCCCACCACCACCAGUGGCACCACAACAACUGUCUUAUCACUAUCAGCAGGACCUCCUCGCCAUCACCUAAGUGCUCCCUUUAAAGGCCUUUAGCCUUCCCCCAUAUUAAACUUUGGGAAAUUGCAUUUAAAAGGUACAAUUUUUAAGCUAGAAAGCCAAAAACAUGGUUUAAAAACAACUUUCCUUAAUAAUUUGCCAUUAGUCAGAGUGUUGCCAUCUUUGGCCAUUUCGUGGAACUAAUAAUGUAAACACAGCAGAGUGUGUUUUAUACAGCCUGUACCAAAAAAGUUUUUACGUUUUGUUGAAUUGUGACUUUGUUAAAUAAUAUUUCGAAAUUUUGUUUUUUGUUUAGUGAUAAGAUGACCCAAGAGGACAUUUUGAAACCUUAAAAAAAGAAAUCUAUUUUUUGGCCAAAAAUGGAAAAAAACCGUGGGCUAUAGACUCCGGUUUUGAAAUGCAAUAAUCGAACUUUUUCUCGGAAUGCUUUCAUAUUUCAUAUGUGUUUUAGUAAUGAUAUAACAAAUUAAAAUCACCAAACUUUGGUUGAAUCCGAUGAUUUUUACCCGAGUUAUGGUCGUUUUAGGCGUGGGCGACGCCCAAAAUCAACUUGUUCCGAGCGCAACCAAAUUUGGUUUGCAAGACGGCCUCAUCAUAGGGAUCAUCUCCUGAAAGUUUCGUGUCAAAAGACUCGCCGGUUCAGGAGAUAUUACAAUUCACACUGGUCCCCAGGGCCUAUAUUUGUGUACAUUGUAGUGCAUUGAAAAAAAUCACAUUUCCUGGAUCGAGGUUAAAUUUUGAAAAAAAGGGCCUGAAUGAUAGAUUUCUUAAAUAUUUGUGCAAAGAUGGACCCAAAAAUAGAUUUGGCGGUUUUGAAGGAUUACUUUUUGCCACAUAUGCCGGCACAACACCCUUAAUAUAACCCUCCACCCCCACCACCACCAGUGGCACCACAACAACUGUCUUAUCACUAUCAGCAGGACCUCCUCGCCAUCACCUAAGUGCUCCCUUUAAAGGCCUUUAGCCUUCCCCCAUAUUAAACUUUGGGAAAUUGCAUUUAAAAGGUACAAUUUUUAAGCUAGAAAGCCAAAAACAUGGUUUAAAAACAACUUUCCUUAAUAAUUUGCCAUUAGUCAGAGUGCUGCCAUCUUUGGCCAUUUCGUGGAACUAAUAAUGUAAACACAGCAGAGUGUGUUUUAUACAGCCUGUACCAAAAAAGUUUUUACAUUUUGUUGAAUUGUGACUUUGUUAAAUAAUAUUUCGAAAUUUUGUUUUUUGUUUAGUGAUAAGAUGACCCAAGAGGACAUUUUGAAACCUUAAAAAAAGAAAUCUAUUUUUUGGCCAAAAAUGGAAAAAAACCGUGGGCUAUAGACUCCGGUUUUGAAAUGCAAUAAUCGAACUUUUUCUCGGAAUGCUUUCAUAUUUCAUAUGUGUUUUAGUAAUGAUAUAACAAAUUAAAAUCACCAAACUUUGGUUGAAUCCGAUUAUUUUUACCCGAGUUAUGGUCGUUUUAGGCGUGGGCGACGCCCAAAAUCAACUUGUUCCGAGCGCAACCAAAUUUGGUUUGCAAGACGGCCUCAUCAUAGGGAUCAUCUCCUGAAAGUUUCGUGUCAAAAGACUCGCCGGUUCAGGAGAUAUUACAAUUCACACUGGUCCCCAGGGCCUAUAUUUGUGUACAUUGUAGUGCAUUGAAAAAAAUCACAUUUCCUGGAUCGAGGUUAAAUUUUGAAAAAGGGCCUAAAUGAUAGAUUUCUUAAAUAUUUGUGCAAAGAUAGACCCAAAAAUAGAUUUGGCGGUUUUGAAGGAUUACUUUUUGCCACAUAUGCUGUCACAACACCCUUAUUAUUGCAAACACUAUUAAUAAACACUGUCUUAUAUUGUGAA